CUAACCCUACCUGCAAUCGGGUUGAGCAGGUCGAACCCGAGCAAUUUCUUCUACUUCUCGGCUCAUAUCGGUCACUCAUUGCCCCAACCGGCCCUGGCCGCCUCCUUGCCUCAGCGGCUCAGCCUACCCGCACCGCACCGGAAACCCUUCUGCACGCUGAUCUUUUGAGCCAUGUAGGCUGCGAUCAUGUGGGCUAUUAAGCUUUUUGAGGGGCAUUUUAGGAAGCUCUUGCCACUUGUAUCAAGAGGCGGAACUUACCAUUUGAAUGGUUUUACUUCCAUCACGAAAGCCAGUCACUAUGGCCCUUCUCUGUGUGGUUCAUUUGGUUGUUUACGUUUGAUGUCUACAAUGAAAGGAAGGGGCAUGCGAUCUAAGGUAGAGAAGAGAAUGUGGAGAGAAUCAGCAAAAACACAGAUGGAGCAUAGGAGGUCCAAAAGAAUUCAUAAAAUGCUGAUGACUGAAGAUGAGAAGCUCAUAUACAGCUUAAGAAGGGCCAAGAAAAAGGUUGCUUUGCUCCUACAGAAGCUAAAAAAGUACGAGUUGCCAGAAUUGCCUCCGCCAUUACAUGAUCCGGAGCUCCUGACCCCAGAACAGCUUCAAGCAUACAAAAAGGUUGGAUUCAGAAAUAGAAAUUAUGUGCCUGUUGGUGUUCGUGGAGUCUUUGGAGGUGUUGUCCAAAAUAUGCAUCUCCACUGGAAGUUUCAUGAGACUGUACAAGUUUGUUGUGAUAAUUUCCCCAAGGAAAAGAUCAGAGAGAUGGCCACCAUGCUUUCAAGGUUAAGUGGUGGCAUUGUCGUUAAUAUACACAAUGUAAAAACAAUUAUCAUGUUCCGAGGGAGAAACUAUAGACAGCCAAAGAAUCUUAUACCCAUCAAUACUCUCACUAAAAGAAAGGCCUUGUUCAAGGCUAGAUUUGAGCAAGCUCUUGAAUCCCAGAAACUGAACAUCAAGAAAGUAGAGCAACAACUUCGUCGAAAGGGGAUCAGUCCGGAGGACCCGAUCGCCAUGGCUAGUAUCCAGAAAGUAGCUGCUACAUUUUUCCGGGCCAUCGAUGAGAAACAAGGAACUCCAUAUGUUUUCCGCGAGAAUGCAAGACCGAUACCCGAAACUAUUGAAAAUUCGGGCGAGGAUGCUGAUGAACCAUCUCCUGAUUACAGUGACCAAGAAGAGCUUGAUAGGUUCAUUGCUGAAAUUGAGCAAGCUGCGGAUCUGGAGUGGGAGAAAGAGGAAGCAGCAGAGAAAGAAGAAGCUUCUAAGAUAAGAUAUUGGGGCAAAGAUGACAUUGGAUAUGGGUUGAAGGGUAGAAGCCAAAACUGGAGGAAUUCAGAAUCAGAUGAAGAGAGGAGCAAUCAAAGGAGAAAUACUCAGAAAAAAUGGGAAGAUGAAGAGGAUAUUGAGGAAUCAUCAAGUGAGGAAUGGGAAUCAAAUGAUGAAGUGGACGAUGUGAUUGCAGGCAUUGAAAAAGACGCAGCCAAUGCCAUUGAGAGCAAAGGAAGAACUCAUGGAUUAUGGAGAAGCACAAGAGAGGAAGGUGGUAGUCAGAGACCACAAAGAAGAGGCGCAGAUCUGGAUGGUUCAUCUGACUUCGAUGGCUCCUCAGAGGAUGAAAUGUGGGAAUCAGAUGGUGAAGAAAGAGCUGGACCAUCUGCUAACAGUGAUAAUGAGGACAGUGAUGAAGAAUAUGACUAUAAGGGCCAUGAAAGGAUAAAGUCAAUUGAUUCAAAGAAUGAAAAAAUUGAUAAGGGUAGUUACAGUGAUUAGGAGUAUGCAACUAUUGAAAAAUCUCUUGUUUAGGGUUUAGGGUUUAGGGCAUACAUUUUCAUCUAUGCAUUUUUUAUUUAAAUUUAGAUUCAAUAAAGUAAACUCCUUUGUGUGGAUGCUUUUGAGAUGGUUUAUCCCAAUGGUUCUGGUUUGUGUAUGGAAAAUUUUAGGGGGAUUUACAUCCA